AACGCCAGCGAAGCUCAGCUAGCUGGCCUCGCUCGCGGGGCGCCCGCGGCGGAGCUAGCUAGCUAGCUGACGGAGACUUGUGCCAAUCCAAGAUGUCAGCCCACAUGGACCACAAGACUUCGUCAUCUUCGGAAGAUGGUAUUGAAAAGCAGCGCUUAGUGGAUGCUGAUUGGAACCAUAAUAGUAGAGAUGCAGUUAAAGGCAGAGCAACUCAGACAGACAAGUCAGACAAAAAUAGCAGGACAAGGCAUUUGAUCAUGUCUGAGGUCAAGAAACCAAGUAUCAGGGAGAUGAUAUAUCAAGAGUCAUAUGACCAGUUGAAUGAGGAUCACAAGAAUAUGAAAGCUACACCAGAAUUCAAGAGUUUUUUGGCCAAGAAACUUUCAAGUGCAUUAGAUGGAAAACUUAAGAUGACUGUGCCAGAAAAGGAAAAGACAUUUAAUGAUGAAAACUCCAAAAAGAAUGAGGAAGAUACUUUCAGGUUGUUUUCCUCUUCCUGCUGUGCUCCUAAUCUCAAUACUCCUGAAUCAGCACCUCAUGUGAAGAGGAAGAGACCUCGUAUCAGACGGAACACAAAGAAGCUUUCCCAAGACAACUAUGAUGACAGCAGUGAUUCAGAUGUUAUAGAUCAAAGACUAGCCGAAGCAGCUAUUUCAGGAAAUGAGAUCCUAAGCUUCUCUGCAUUAUCAACUCCCACUGGUCACAAUGCUGAAGAAGUACAAUAUAGCAGUAGUGAUGACAGUGCUUCCCAUCUGCAAUCUAAGAGAACUAGAACAGUUGAUGAUGCUCUCAUUAAAAAGGAAAUUGGAUUCAAGCAUACGGAGGUUGGAGAUGAUGAGUUUUUGCAGGAGAAUGUUAAAAAGAAGAACAAGAAAAAGAAGAAGAAGAAGAAGGAGGAUACAAACGCAAUUCAUGAUGAUGGUCAUGAGCAAGUGCAAGCAGAAAACUGUCUGACCCAAAUAGUUAGCUCAUCAGAGCUUCUAAAAGAGAAUGAGCAAGAUGAUUUAUCUGAGAAAAACAUUCAAAAGAAGAAAAAGAAGAGGAAAAAGAUGGAUACAAAUGCAAUUGAUGGUAAUGAUUAUGAGCAGUUGAAAGGAGAGAGUUGUCUUACUCAAAUGGUUAGCUCCACAGACGUUUUAAAGGGGAAAGAUCGAGCCGAUUCAUCUGAGGAGAUUGUUAAGAAGAAUAAAAAGAAGAUGAAAAAGAGAGUGGAUACAAAUGCAAGUAAUGGAGAUGAUCAUUAGCAUGUCUAACUCGAAAACUGCCUGACCUAAUCAGCUAUCUGUAAAGAAUGUUCGGAUGAGAAAGAUCAAGAUAAAUUAUCUGAGGAGAAUUUAAAGUAAAUGAAAAUAAUAAAAUGGAUACAAAUUCAAUCAUUCAAGAUGAUGAGCAAAGUGUCGUAGUCGAGUGGCUUAAGCACUAAACUUGAAAUGCGAAGGUCGUGGUUCAAUCCCCGACAUGGCACUAAUGUCCUUUGGCAAGGCAUUAAUCUUCAUUUGCCACACUCGACCCAGGUGAGGCAAAUGG